AGUCUUAUCUGGGUCUACUAACAUUUUACUUUCGAUUCGAGUUGUUGCGCAGUUUGUAUCAUCGUUUUUAUACAAAGAGAAAGCACCUUCUUCUGCCAGAGACUGUCUUAAAACAGAGAAUCAUGAAGGAGUUGGUUUUCCUGGUCGUUGUUCUCUACGCGUCUUCUGCUGUUGUGGCUAAAACAGUCUCGCCCAAGGUGCAGAUCUACAGUCGCAACCCUGGGCUGUACGGGAACAAAAACGUCCUCAUCUGCCACGUCAGCGGCUUCCACCCACCGGAGAUCAAAAUCGAUUUGCUGAAGAAUGGACAGGAAAUAAAUGAUUUCAAGCAGACUGACCUGGCCUUUGAGGAGAACUGGCACUACCACCUCACCAAGCACGCAAAUUUCACUCCAGUGGAAGGAGAGCGCUACAUGUGCAGAGUGACACAUGUGGGAACGACAACACAGCAUGAAUGGGAGGCUGAUGUGUAAGACGUACAUACUGUACCACAGUAAAGGUGUCUCCUG